AAGAGAUUUAUUAUUGUCAUGUUGAGAUUCCUAUUCUUAUAUCUAAUGUUGAACAAAAAUAGCGGUCCUCCCUCAUUACAUAAAUAAAUCAUAACUAAAUAAUUAAAUUAAUUUCCUUUUUAAAUACUAAAAAGUAUUACGAACGAAAUGUAAAAUGUACUAUAUAUAUUUAGAAUUCAAAUGUGAUUCACAGGGUUACAAAAAUUAAUUCAGGAAAAAGCAAAAAAAAAAAAAUUGUUUGUAUAAAGAGAGAUUUUGUUAGACAGUUUAGUAGAAAGAAUUAUGCUUCAUUCGAUUCGUGUGCGAGGCGACUCACAUUUUUUUUCCAUAUUCCUCAUUCGUUUGAGUUAAAAUGAUUAGAAGAAUAAGAAGACAAAAAAAACACAAUAAAAAAAGAAAAUGAGUAUGAAAAAUGUUUCAUAUUCUAAAAGCGUACACGUUUACUUUACUUGCCAUCGCCGCGCCACCAUCAUGUCUGGUGGAAUUUUCUUUUUAUUCUUUAAAGAUUUUCAUUUUCCUCUUUUGUAUUAUUUCUUUUUUUUUUGUUUGUUUGUCUUCGUAUAUUUCACAUUAUUUCUACUAUUUGUCAGCGGUGGGACUGCAACAACUUAUCGUACUUUACCAGUAGCACCACUUCCUACAAUUAUAUAUUCAACAGUUCCACAAGUUUCAUCUAUACCAAGAUCAAGUACAAUUUUUUAUAGACCAGAACCAACUAUUAUUCAUAGAACUUAUUCAACAUAUGGUCAAAUUCCAGUUGUUUAUAGUACGAUCCCAUCUAAAGGAUCAGUAAUUACUUAUUAUGGUAAUGGUAAAACAUAUUAAAUUUACAAUUUUUUAAUAAAUUUUUAAAUUACAUUGUUGGGA